CUGUGAUCAGCCUAAUGCUCAAGCCUGUUAUGUAUCACAUUAUGUCAGCUGUCCCGCACUAUGUGGCACUUAUCAUGCCUCCUUACGCCGUGCAUUCCAUGUUCUUCAAGAUAUGGCACAACGCAGAGGAGAUCAAGCAGUGCAAGCUGUUGGAGAAAGAUCGUGCCACUGAACUGGGUUACUCCCUCGGGAUCGAUUGCACCGGUGGUCUACUGCAGUUCACUUACAAUGGAAUAGGCUUUGAGUUAGUGGCCGUAGUAGCCGAAGGCCUGCUCUUGAUGGCGCUCAUGAUCUUCCUGAUGUCCGGCUGCUUUCUUUCGGGACACGCCCUCGCGAGCGAUGAACUGCCCGGUGAACAAGACGUGGAGGAGGAGAAGAAGAGGGUAAAAGCUGCGCGCCAGCAGGACGGGCUCGCAGGCUACUCGCUCCUCGCCUGGAGUCUUCACAAGUGGUUUGGCACCCUGCACGCGGUCCGUGGUAUAUACAUGGCACUCCGGCCCACCGAGUGUUUCGGCUUGCUCGGCGUGAAUGGGGCCGGCAAGACCACCACGUUUCAAAUGCUGGCCGGACUGAUAAGUGUCUCGGACGGCGACGCUGCCACUGCGGUGGCGAAACUCAGUACAAACAUCCGCCAGUGGCAGUCCCAGAUCAGCUACUGCUUCCAGCUCGGAGGCCUACUGGACAAUAUGAAUGCGUACGAGUACCUGUACCUGGUCGGUCGGCUGCGAGGCAUCCCUGAAAAUGAAUUAGAACCCAUGGUGGACAGCAUCCUAUCCGUCGUCGAUCUCACAGAGCACGCCUCAAAGGAGUGCGGCGUAUACAGCGGGGGCAACCGCCGAAAGUUGACCAUCGCUGCCGCUCUGCUGGGAGUGCAGCCGUUCGUGUUUCUGGACGAGCCGUAUGCGGGGGUGGACGUCGUGUCACAGAACAAGAUCUUGCGAGCCGUCGCAGAGAUGAAGAAACGCUCGCAGACAACCUUCAUACUUACGUCGCACAACAUGGAGGAAUGCGAGCUUUCUUGCGACCGACUCACCAUCAUGGUCAACGGACAAAUGAUGUGCCUGGGCACGCUGCAACACCUGCGGGAGAAGUUCGGUCAGGGCUACCGAGUGGAGUUCUUUCUCGAACCCACCGUCGCUGUUGACGAAGUCAAGCUCAAGAAAGCUGUGAACAAACUGUUUCCCGGCAUUCAACUCAAGGACGUGCAGAAGAACCUGCUUAGCUACCACCUAAUGGAGCGUAUUCCAUGGAGUGAGCUGUUCACCAAGGUGGCGCAUCUCCAGAAAAAGUUCCCCCUCGAACACGCCCUCGUCGGCGAGAACACACUUCAGGACAUCUUCUUGAACUUCGCCAAAGCACAAGGAAGCCUCCUUGUUCCGGGCUUUGCCGCUGUGGUAGACGUUGGUACACCCUCCAGCACAAAAUCUCCUGCCGCGCUUUCGUCACCAACGGCUGCUGCAACGUAGACCCGAAUACAGCCUCUGCAAAUUGCUUCGCGGGCGAAGGAAUAAAGGCUUUUCU